UCCCGGAGAGCGUCGCGGCAUCGGUGUAUGCGGCAGUGAGGGAGGGGCCGCCCCGGCCCAGCAGCCGCUCCCUCACCCCCCCCACGGGGGGGCCGUGGGGGGACCCAGCCCUCCCCUGCCCCACGAGUGGCCGAUGCAUCGCGCUGUGGAGCCCCUGGGGGGCCGGGCCGGACGGGACCCCUUCGCCGUGGGGAGCCUGGGCUGCGGCGGGGGCUGGGCCGGCUGCCCCCCCCGGGCCUGGCUGCCACCCCCCAGGUGCUCCUCCAGCCUCGGGCCGGCUCCGCUGCCCCCCCACCUCACGCCCCCCCCCAGCGGAAAUGGGGGGCACCCCCUCCCCCACAAGGCCUUCUACCCCCCGGGAGGACCCCCCCGGGCUCCCCCCGCCCCCCUGGACCCCCUCCAGGGCUGUGUCCGGGCACUGCAGCCCUGGGACCCCCCCGGCCCCGAGGCCACCCCCGAGCUGGAGGAGCCACCGAGCUGUCACCACGGGCGUCAUCGCGGCCACCGAGGGGACAUCGGCCACCGGCCGGGGGACAUCGGUCACCGAGGGGACAUCGGCCACCGUCACGGGGGGGACGUUGGCCACCGAGGGGACAUCAUCGGUGGCCACCGCGGGGACAUCGCCGCCCGCAUCGGGCGCUUGCAGCAGGCCCAGCUCUGGAGUUUCCCCCCGGGCCCUGUGUCCCCCCCCCGGGCUCGGGCCCUGCCCCCCCUCCAGCAGGUCUGGAGCCUGCUGCACCCCGAGAAAAGAACGUUCCAGGGGGGCUGUGGGGCGCUGCCCCCCCCCCGGGCCCCCCCCCUCCGUUCCCGCUGCCCCCGGGGCUGUGGAGCCCCCUCCCCCCCGCCGAGGCCUGGGCCCCCCCCCCGGCGCCACGGGGCACCCCCGGACAGACAGGACCAGCGGCUGGUGACCCCCCCGUUCCCGCCGCCCCCCCCUCCGCCCCCCCGCCCCUCUCCCCCCGGCCCCCCGGGCCCCCUCCCAAGUGACCUUAGGGCCAGCGGGGCCGGGGGGGCCCCCCCUGCCCCCCCCAGCCGCUCACCAGCACCCACCGCCUGCGUGCCUUGUGCCCCCCCCCGGGCACCCCCCCGGACCCCCGCCACCAGCACCCGAACCCCCCGCGGCGUGAGAGGAAGAGGAGGAAGAGCCCCCUCCCCACCACCACCACCAACCCCCCCCCAGCGAUUUCUGGCUGGGGACCCCUCCCCACCCCCCCUUACCGCCACCCCCCCCUCUCCGAGGACCCCCCCGAUACCUCAGGUACCUCCCCCGCGCCCGCCCCCAGCCCCCCCCCCAUUUCUUCGGGGGUCCCCUUUCCAAAGAGCACCCCCGCCCCUCCCCCAACCCCCCCCGCACCCCGAGCCCCCUCCACCUCCUUUGCCCCCCCCUCCCCCACCUUCCUCCGACCCCUCGGGGGUCCCCCCUCGCCUCUUCGAUUUCGGGGCCCCCCCCUUGGACGAUCAAUUCGAGGAACCCCCCGAAUUUGCCAAAAUUUUACCCGACGGCCUGGCCAACAUCAUGAAGAUGUUGGACGAGUCCAUCCGGCAGGAGGAGGAUGAGGGGGGGGUCGCCCCUCCCCCACCCCCACCCCCACCACCCCCCCCACCCGCUCCCCCCCUCCUCGCCCGUCCAAAAGCUCCUCCUUUUGGGGCCCCCCCGGGCCACGGCGACCCCCCGGACCCCCCUCGCCUUUAUCCCUUCGGCAAACGGGACGACCCCAAAACUUCCCCGUUUUACAGCAAACCUCCCGCACCUCCUCCUCCUCCUCCUCCUCCUCCUCUUCCUCCUUCUGAAAAACCCUCCGCAGUGGGGGGCAGCACCCCUAAACUCACCCCACCAUCCCCAAACCCCCCCACACCCCCCCAGCUCGCUACCUCACCCCCCGGCUGGGGGUCCCAUCCCCCUCCCCCGGCCCGCAGCGAGUCCGAGGCUUUGGAGGAGAUCAGCCGGGCUUGUGAAACUUUAGCCGAGCAAGCCGGCCGACCCAGCCCCCCGUCCCCGGAUACACCCCCAAAAUUAGGGGGUGGCGGUCGUCGUCACCGCCGUCCCCCCUCUUCACGUCACCGAGAUCUCCGCCGGGGACCCCCCCGGCGCCGCCACCCCCGAAAAGAGGAGAGGGAACAACAACAACAACAACAGCAACAACAACGGGAACGGGAUCGGGAACGGGAUCGACCCGUGCUGGCCACGCUCGACCUGCAAAGCUCAAGCGUGCAGGAAAAAGGGGGACCCCCCCCAAAGCUCGAAACGAAAGGGGGGGGUCCCCAAAACCCUCCUUCGGCCCCCCCAUCGUCGGGACCCCCUCCCGCUUUCGUCAGCUCCGCCGAUCUCCUGAAGCUGCGCUCGCUCGGGGAGGGGCCCCCCAAAGAGCUCAAAAUUCGGCUGAUCAAGGUGGAGAGCGGCGCCGGGGGUGCCGGGGGGAUCCCCGGACUCGGGGGGGUCCCCGGUGCCGGUGGUGGUGGCGCCGGCGGUGACGCUUUGGUGGCUUCGGAAGUUGGGGAACCCCGGGGGUUACCCCUGGCACAGCUGACGAUCCGGCACAGCGCCGCCGAGGUGGUGCGAGCCAGCAAGCAGGCGCGGCUGAAGGGGCCGUUCCGCGAGUCCUACCUGUGUCCCGCCCAAUCCGUGAAACCCCGGAUCGACGCCCGGGAGCAGCUCCCGAGGGACAAACUCAACCCCCCCACGCCCAGCAUCUACCUGGAGAGCAAGCGCGACGCCUUCUCGCCCGUCCUGCUGCAGUUCUGCACCGACCCCAAGAACCCCAUCACCGUCAUCCGGGGGCUGGCAGGGUCCCUGCGCCUCAACCUGGGGCUGUUCAGCACCAAGACCCUGGUGGAGGCCAGCGGCGAGCACGCGGUCGAGGUUCGCACUCAGGUGCAGCAGCCCUCGGACCAGAACUGGGACCUGUCGGGGACACGGCAGGUGUGGCCCUGCGAGAGCAGCCGCUCCCACACCACCAUCGCCAAGUACGCCCAGUACCAGGCCUCGUCCUUCCAGGAGUCCCUGCAGGAGGACAAGGACAGCGAGGAUGAGGAGGCCGAGGAGCCCGACAGCACCACCGAGACCCCGCCCAGCCCCCCCGACCAGAAAUCCCACCAGAUCAUCAAGUUCGGGACCAACAUCGACCUGUCGGACGCCAAGAGGUGGAAGCCGCAGCUGCAGGAGCUGCUGAAGCUGCCGGCGUUCAUGCGCGUCUCCUCCACGGGCAACAUGCUGAGCCACGUGGGCCACACCAUCCUGGGCAUGAACACUGUGCAGCUCUACAUGAAAGUGCCCGGCAGCCGCACCCCAGGCCACCAGGAGAACAACAACUUCUGCUCGGUGAACAUCAACAUCGGCCCCGGUGACUGCGAGUGGUUCGCGGUGCACGAGCACUACUGGGAAACCAUCUCUGCUUUCUGCGACAGGCACGGUGUGGACUACCUGACGGGCUCGUGGUGGCCCAUCCUGGAGGACCUGUACCGCUCCAACAUCCCGGUGUACCGGUUCGUGCAGCGCCCCGGGGACCUGGUGUGGAUCAACGCCGGCACCGUGCACUGGGUGCAGGCCACGGGCUGGUGCAACAACAUCGCCUGGAACGUGGGGCCGCUGACAGCGUACCAGUACCAGCUGGCCCUGGAGCGCUACGAGUGGAACGAGGUGAAGAACGUCAAAUCCAUCGUGCCCAUGAUCCACGUGUCCUGGAACGUGGCCAGGACCGUCAAGAUCAGUGACCCCGACCUCUACAAGAUGAUCAAGUACUGCCUGCUGCAGUCCAUCAAGCACUGCCAGGUGCAGCGCGAGAGCCUGGUGCGCGCGGGGAAGAAAAUCGCGUACCAGGGACGCGUCAAGGACGAGCCGGCGUACUACUGCAACGAGUGUGACGUGGAGGUGUUCAACAUCCUGUUUGUGACCAGCGAGACGGGCGGGCGCAACACGUACCUGGUGCACUGCGAGGGCUGCGCGCGGCGCCGCGGGGGCGGCCUGGCCGGCGUCAUCGUCCUGGAGCAGUACAAAACUGAGGAGCUCAUGCAGAUCUACGAUGGGUUCACCUUGGUGACGCCGCCGACCCCCAGAUGAGGCCCCUGAGCCCCCUGCCCCCCCCCCCCCCCAGGGGACACCACGGUGGGGGAGGGGACAGAGGGGGACAGGGGGGGUGUCCCCCCGCCCCUCCCCCCACGAACACUUUUUAUUUAUUCGCGGAGAAAUCGCCCCAAAAAAAUCGUCUGGAUGGACAGGACGCCCCUCCCCCACCGCGGGGGGAGGGGGUUUGGGUGGAAAAACUCCGAUUUUAUACAAAAAAUACCGAUUUAUAGGAAUUUACAGAGCCCCUCCCCCCCCCGCGGUGGGGGUUGGGUUUUUCUGCUCCCACCCCUCCCCCAAACACCCCCAAAUUUUAGGGGGGGCGGGGGGG